GGUGGAGGCGGGAGCUUGGGCAGAGUUACGCGGAGUGAGGAAGGGAGCGGAGCUCUGCGCUGGCCGGGGAACGCGGGGUGAAGCGGCGCUACCUGCAAUAACGCUGCUCUUUUCUUCCUGCCCGAGUGAGCGAUGUCUGAUAGUCCCGCGGUCCUGAGUGAGUGCAACAAGCUGGCUUCCGUAUCCAUGGAAGGAGAGCCCUCGGUGCUGGUCGACAUCCCCGAUGCCCUCAGCGAGAGGGAGAAGGUCAAAUUCACUGUCCACACGAAGACGACCCUGCCAUCUUUCAAGAAGUCUGACUUCUCGGUGAUCAGGCAGCACGAGGACUUUGUGUGGCUACACGACGCUCUGGUGGAGAAUGAGGACUACGCCGGGAUCAUCAUUCCCCCAGCACCUGCCAAGCCCGACUUUGACGUGGCGAGGGAGAAGAUGCAGAAACUGGGCGAGGGAGAAGGAUCGAUGUCCAAGGAAGAGUUCAGUAAAAUGAAGCAAGAACUGGAGGCGGAGUACCUGGCUGUCUUUAAGAAGACGGUAUCCAACCAUGAAGUCUUCCUCCAGCGACUCGCGAGCCACCCCGUGUUGACCAGCGACCACAACUUCCACGUUUUCCUGGAGUAUGAUCAGGAUCUGAGUGUCCGUAGGAAAAACACCAAGGAGAUGUUUGGUGGCUUUCUAAAGAGCAUGAUGAAGACGGCUGACGAAGUCCUCAUCUCCGGGGCCAAGGAUGCGGAUGAAUUCUUUGAACACGAGAAGACAUUCCUAGUGGAAUACGGUACCAAAAUUAAAGACUCUGCACUGAAAGCAGAAAAAAUGACAAGAACUCACAAAAAUGUUUCUGAUGAUUACAUUCACUUAUCCUCUUCCUUUAAUGAGCUCGGCUUGGAAGAAACUUCUCCAUUGACUCAUCACUACAUGAAGCUGGCAGAGCUAUUUGAAAGACUGAGGAAAGUAGAAGGAAGAGUGUCAAGUGAUGAAGACUUGAAGCUAACGGAGCUGUUGAGAUAUUAUGUGAGGGACAUCCAGGCCGCCAAGGAUCUCCUGUACAGGAGGGCCCGUUCUCUGGUGGAUUCUGAAAAUGCCAGCAAGGCUCUGGACAAGGCUCGGAUCAAGGGAAAAGACAUGAAGCAGGCAGAGGUCCAGCAACAACUCAGCAGCCAGAAGUUUGAGAAACUUUCUGACUCUGCCAAGGAAGAGCUGAUGGCUUUCAGAACCAGGAGGGUGGCGGCGUUCCGCAAGAACCUGAUUGAAAUGACGGAGCUGCAGCUGAAACACGCCAAGAACAACGUGCAGAUGUUGCAGAACUGCCUGGCUGCGCUGAGUAACUAGGACAACCGACUGGAGGAGACGGGGGGGUGGGCUUCUCUUCACUAGUGUUUUGUCCACCAGAGUGACGCAUGUAAAACCUGUGGCCUGAUGUCACCGUCCACCCAGUGGCUGUUCCAUGGACUGUGUGCGGCUCCACUCUGACGUUUCGCAGCAUGUGUCCCCACUACUGCUCGACUCCUUAAAGCAUGGAUGAAGUGUAAAGUAUUUUGUAAAGAAGCUAAGCUUUGCUCCACACAAGUGCCUACCUGUAGCCGUACCUCAGUUCCCAAAUCAAAGCUGGACCAAACUUUGUAAGCGGGUGUUCCGAUGCAAAUUUAGUUUUGAUACAAACAAUUGUAAAAUGGACCUCUAAUAAUGCAAAUCUAGAUUUACUACAUGAUGAGUAAAGUCAAAUUGUGUGAAAUUUGUUUUAACAAUUCCUCCGGUUAAUUGUGUGUGAUGACCAAGAUCAUUCUUGAAAUGGUGUGUUGAGUCUUCCUAUUUUUAACCCUGCACUAAUUAUUCCAAACCAAUUACUGUGUUCUCUGUUUACCUUGCCUUUACUAAUCGGACAAGCUAAUGAUGGUCAGGGCUGUUGCAAUGUUUCUCCUCUGCUUCCUCAGUAUAAUUUGUAAGGGUUAAGUUUCAGCAAUUGUAAAAGGGCUUCCAGAGAAACGUCAAGUUUGCACGGAUUGAGUGUGUCCCUUCAAGGGUUAAACGUGCACCCCAUCUCCUUUAUAAUCCCUAUUGUUCAACCCUAUCUUAAAAUCUUGCAGCUAUUUUGGGUAAAACCCUCUGAAAUGGGCAUCCUCUUUAGUAACAGUUUUUUUUACCCCUGCUUUUGUAAAAGGAUAUUAUUAGGGAUGACUCUUGUAAGUUGAGUUGGAGGAAGAAAUGGACAUAUAGUUACAGCUUUUAUAUCUGUUUAAAGGUUUUUGCAUCCUAACCUGGUGCUGGUCACAUCGGGUGCCCGUGGGUAGAGGGAAGGACGUGCAAAUGGAGCGUUUGUUAAAUUUGGAGGAGCUACAUUAGUUAUUGCCGACUGUGCCUGAGUGUAUCGAACAAUGUUCUGCCUGGACUUUGGGACUUGGCUUUAUACUAGUUCUGUCUGAACUCUCUGUUCCAUCUCUUGUGUUGGUCUCCUUCAUCCACCCUCUUUCCCAGAACUGCUCCCUCCAAAGCUGGUGUAUCCCUGGUAUUCAUCAUCCUCUGGCUUAACGCAGUAGAUUUAUUUUUUGAAGACAACUCCAUCCGUGAAAGCCGUAAUUAUAUUGACGGGUGAAGUUUCCAAUAGCUGCCCUGGACACGGAUGCAGUCUGAUCACCAGCAGGCAAGAUUUCCUAGCUAAGGUAGACAAAAGUGCUGGAGAAACUCAGUGGUUGCAGCAGCAUCUAUGGAGCGAAGGAGAUAGGCAACGUUUCGGGCCAAAAUCCUUCUUCAGACUGGGUUUUUCAGACCGGGUUUCGGCACGAAAAGUUGUCUAUCUCCUUCGCUGCAUAGAUGCUGCUGCACCCGCUGAGUUUCUCCAGCACUUUUGUCUACCUUCGAUUUUCCAGCAUCUGCCGUUCCUUCUUAAACAAAAAAGAUUUCCUAGCUACAUCCCUUCCUCAUUCCAUAAAGAAACCAUUGCCAUUUCCACUAACAAUGUUGUUUUGUGCAUUGUUGACUGAUGUUUUACAACUGCAAAGCCUGUUGAUGUCUGUUGAAGAUUAAACAGUAAAGAUGGUUUCAAUCUGCAAUAA